AUGUCUGUCACUCACAGCCGGACUUCCUCCGGUGGUGAGGACAACGUCGAGCCCGUCCAGCGCACGAUGCUACCGGGCGAGCAUUUCUUCGAAUAUAUGCACAUGCCUAAUCGAUUCGACUUUGUUGGCGACUGGGUGGUCACUCUCCAUGAGUAUCCCUACAAGUGGGGAUUCAAGUCUGCCCAUUGGCACGGCACCGCAAUGCCUACGCACAUCGACGUGACUUACACGUUUGAGAAAAUCGACGACAACACUACCAGAUGGUCCCGCCAUCGAAUCAACACCCUCCGAUCUGGUUGCUCUAAUGAGGUUGAUUUCCUCGAGGGGAAAAACGAUCUGGAGGAGGAGUAUCAGGAAAUCACUAAGCAGUAUCUGGAGAAGGGGAUCCCUCGGCAGCCCCCGCAUAAUCCGAAGCCCGUUCACGAGCCAGGCUGGCUCGCCACUCUUCCAACCGUCGACCGGGCACGGGCUCUGUUCUCUCUUUCCCAGAUCCCGGAGUUGGAUGCUAUCGUUGGCGACUGGAUGUCGGAGGCAGACAUGACCCAGAACGGUGCCAAACGGACACCUUUCAAGAAUAAACUCCAGAAUGUAAACCGCCUAGGGGAGGUGCGGGAUGGCUACCAUGCAAACUUUCUAGUCAAAUUACAGCCCGCCCUGAAGCACCUCGCCGCCAAUGGAACCAAGGUGGUUUGCAACGCCGGCGGAGGUAAUGCGCACGGGCUCGCCGAGGCGGUCAAGGAGCUUGUUGCCCUAGAGAAGCUGAAUCUCCGUGUCGGAUGGAUUGAGGGAGACGAUGUGACAGAAGCUCUUCUGUACGAGAUCCAGGGUCCCCUGUACUUCAACACAGAUGUCGUCGCCCAGAUUGACCAGAUUCAAGUGCAAGAGGUCGGCCCUAACAGGGUCAAGGUGUCGGGCGUGAAAGGACACCCUCCGCCCCCGACAACCAAGGCCGGAAUUACGGCGAAUGGUGGGUUUGCGGCCGAGUACCACGUCUAUCUGACUGGGCUCGAUAUCUCGGAGAAGGUCGAGAUGGUCAAACAACAAACACUGCACGCCAUAGGGGAUCGAAUCAAGGAAUUUUCUCUGUUAACCUUCACGCAAGUUGGGGUGCCCCAGGAGGAUCCAAUUUCGCAGGAUCUAGCGACCGUCGACUGCCGCAUAUUUGCCCAAGCCCCAAACGCUGAGCUUCUCGGACCGGAUGCAUUCCUGACCUGGUGCAAGAUGAACAUUCUACAGAGCUGCCCUGGCCUAACUCCGACAUUAGACUCGCGACAAGGGAUAGCGCGCCCUUACUACGAGUACUGGGUGGCACUGAUCGAGCAGCAGCUGGUGCAAGAACGAGCGCACCUCCCCAACGGUGAAUCCGUCCUGCUUCCCCCUCCCCAGAACACUGCCGUCUACCCCGCACUGCAGGCGAGUCAGGAUAUGACAGCCGACCCACUGCCUGGCGAUUCAUGGGGUCCCGUCAAGAAGGCCCCACUGGGGUUCAUUUGCCUAGGCAGAUCCGGUGACAAAUCAUCGGACGCCAACCUGGGCCUGUUUGUGCGCCACGUGGACGAGUGGGACUGGCUCCGGGGCUUCUUGUCGAAUCGGCGGCUGCAAGAACUGCUCGGCCGGGACUACCCCGGAAAGCCCAUUCUGCGAUUUGAGUUGCCACACUUGAGGGCCGUGCACUUCCUGCUGAAGGAUCACCUGGACCGAGGGUACAAUGCGGGGGGUGGGCUGGACACUCUGGGGAAGAACCUUGCGGGGUAUAUCUGGGCCAAGGAGGUGGAAAUUCCGCUGCGGUUCCUGGAGAGGAGCCGCAUCUAG